AAACCUAACCUAACCUCUAACACUCUCUCUUCAGAGCUAACCUCAAAAUAAAGAAGUUUUGUUUGUCAAACAAGCUUAUUCUAGGAUUCUAUUAAUUGUUCAGACAAAAAAUUGAACCCUUCACAAUGUUUAUGUGAGAAAAUAAAAAUAUCAUCCAUUUUUCUGAGGCAAUUUGUUGAGGGUCAGGAUGAAUUUUCAAGACUGAAAAAAAGGACCGAACCAAAAGAUGUUCUGCUGUUUGAGAAACUGCUUCGACGGCUUUGGCCUCUCCUCGAACCAAAUUCCAAGGAAGGAGCUGAAUCCAAUCGCACUCGAUACAACUCACAUGGGUCAUGAAGUUGUGAUUGUAAAAAAUGGAUCGAGGGUUUGCGGUAGAGGUGGGGCUUUGACAAAUGCUCCUCUAGCUCAAAGCAAAAGUUACUUUGAAGUAAAAGUACAGCAAGGCGGAGUCUGGGCAGUGGGAUUGGCUACAAGAUCCACUGAUCUGAACACUGCUAUCGGUGGAAAUGAUGCUGAGAGCUGGGCUCUCAACUGUGACGGAUUUAUUAGGCAUAAUCAGCAGGAAUUGCAUAAUAUCCAGAAUCUCGCUCAAGAAGGCGACAUUAUUGGAAUUUCUUUCGACCAUAUCGAACUCAACUUUUACCUCAAUGGAAAACCUCUGGAUGCACCAAUUAUGGGAUUAAAGGGAACGGUGUAUCCCGUUUUAUAUGUUGACGAUGGUGCUAUUUUGGACUUGAUUCUCGACGAAUUCUUCCACGCGCCUCCGGUAGGUUUCGAGAAAAUAAUGCUAGAACAAUCCUUGCUCUAGCAAAUCUACUCCGAGCCACUUUCCCCCGAACCUCAUCCAUUAUUCCUAAACUGUGCAUGUUCUACAAACGAAUAUGUUCGUGAAGCGAAAAUUAACUUAAGAUUAAUGAUUGUGUGAAUCUAAAGCAUGUCUAUGACUGUGUGAUGUAAUUGUCUUAAUAUAUAGAUAUAUUUAAUGAAUAGAAAUAAAGAAUAACUAAGUUUUCAA